GGUCAUAUCACGGUUAGCUUAUGGGCUCGCCUCCAAUGUCCAGUCGGAAAACCCUAACCUGAGCACCUAGCCCGCCGCCGCCGCUGCCGCCGAGCCGCCGCCUACUGCUCCGCCGUGAAUACAUUGCUAAAGAUGGGGAAAUGGAAGAAGGAGAAGAAGUCGCUGGACAUCCUCGCGGGGUCCGAUGAGGACUCCGACAGCGGCGGAGAGGACCUCUCGAAGAUCCAGAUCAACGAGGAGUACGCUCGCCGCUUCGAGCACAACAAGCGGCGGGAGGCGCUCCAGCGCUACGAGGAGCUCAAGAAGAAGGGCAUCGUCUCGGCGUCUGACGACGAAAGCGAGGAGAACGAGGAGUCGUCCGAAGAGGAGGACGAGGACGCCAUUGCCUCGCGCCGCGUCGACCGCCGCGUGUUCGAGGUGAUCCGCCGUAUCCGCAGCGGCGACCCCCGCAUCCUCGACAAAGACGCCAAGGUUUACUCGGAGGAGGAGGAGGGCGAAGAGGAGAAGAAAGAAGAGCCCAAGCAGAAAAAGAAGGCUAAGAAGGAGAAGCCUCUAUACCUCAAGGACGUUAACGCCCGACACCUGCUCGAGGAGGGCCCUGAGUUCACAUCUCAGACCAGCCGGAGUAGCAGGUACGAUAGGAUCGCCUACAAUGAGCAGCAGAAGAAAGGUCUGCAGGCAUUCCUUGAGGCAGAGAAGGAGGUUUUAGGUGAUGACGACGACGAUGAUGAUUUGUUCCAUGAGAAGCCGAAGGCUGGAGCAGGCGCUGAUGACGAGGAGGAUGAAGAGGAAAACGAGACGAAGAAGCUAGCUGGUGAGGUUUUUGGGAAAGAUGAGGAGCUGGACGAGAACGAGAGGUUCUUGAAGGAAUUUUUCCUUAAGAGGCCGUACCUUGAGUCGGGGAAGAAGAAGUCCUAUCUGGAUGAUAUGCAGGAAUUGUCGGACGUAGAAGAUGUCACUGAACAGGAAAUAUAUGAGUAUGUUUACAAUUUCCGGCAUGAGGAGGCUGAGGCAUCAGGGGCAGUGGUGGCGGACAGGGUAAUGGGACAUUCAAGGGUUGUUGAAGGGUCUGUGAGGAAGAAGGAGAGCAGCAGGAAGCAGCAGCGGAAGAGCAAGGAGGAGAGGAUCGCCCGAGCUAAGCAAGAGCAGGCUGAGGAGCUGAAGCAUCUCAAAAAUCUGAAGAAGAAAGAGAUUGCCGAGAAGCUUGAGAGGAUCCGGAUGAUUGCCGGGAUUGAAGGCGAUGCUGCAUGUAAGCUUGGUGCUGAUGACCUGGAGGAGGAUUUUGAUCCAGAGGAUUAUGACAAGAAAAUGCAAGAGAUGUUUGAUGACAGUUAUUAUGAGGCUGAUGAUGUUGAUCCUGAGUUUGGAAGUGGUGAGGAGAUGGAUUUGGACAAGCCAGAUUUUGACAAGGAGGAUGAAUUACUUGGGCUUCCUAAAGGCUGGGCUAGUGAAAAGGAUAAAGAAGAGUCUACUGCCACAGAUGGGAAAGCUACAAAAGGGAAGAUCUCUCUCAAGGACAAGGUCGAGCUUGAGAAAGAGAUGGAAGAGUACUACAAGUUGGACUAUGAGGACACUAUUGGAGAUCUGAAGACUCGGUUCAAGUAUAAGAAGGUUAAUCCUAACAGUUUUGGUCUGGGUACCUACGAUAUAUUGGCAUCUGAUGACAAGGAUCUGAACCAGUAUGUUUCCAUGAAGAAGCUAGCUCCUUACAGGGAGAGUGAAUGGAAGUCUGCGGAAGGGGGCCCUAGCUCGGGUGGCCUCCCUAUGUGGAAGCAGGCGUCCAUCUCCGACGCGCUGCUCACCAACGAGAUCCUCGUCAUGCGGAGGAUCGUCGAGAACGUCGCGCCGCACCCCAACGUCAUCGGCCUGCACGACGUGUACGAGGACGCGCACGGCGUGCACCUGGUCCUCGAGCUGUGCUCCGGCGGCGAGCUGUUCGACAGGAUCGUGGGGCGCGACCGGUACUCGGAGUUCGACGCGGCGGCCGUGGUUCGUCAGAUUGCUAGAGGCCUGGAGGCUCUCCACAAGGCGAACAUCAUCCACAGGGACUUGAAGCCGGAGAACUGCCUGUUCUCUGACGCAAAUGAGGAUUCCACGUUGAAGAUCAUGGAUUUCGGGCUGAGCUCUGUUGAGGAUUUCAGCGACCCGAUUGUGACUCUGUUCGGGUCCAUAGAUUACGUCUCGCCGGAAGCUCUCUCAAGGCAAGAUGUUUCAGCUGCAAGUGAUAUGUGGUCUGUUGGGGUGAUCCUGUAUAUUCUUUUAUCUGGAUGCCCACCAUUUCAUGCCGCAACGAAUCGGGAAAAGCAGCAAAGGAUCCUGCAUGGGGAGUUCAGUUUUCAGGACCAUACAUGGAAAACAAUAUCUUCACCAGCCAAAGAAUUGAUUUCCAGUCUUCUUUCUGUGGAGCCUUACAAGAGGCCGACAGCAAGUGAUCUUCUGAGGCAUCCUUGGGUAAUAGGGGACUGCGCAAAGCAAGACCUCAUGGAUGCAGAAGUGGUAUCAAAACUGCAGAGGUUCAACGCUAGAAGGAAACUGCGGGCGGCGGCGAUAGCCAGCGUCCUUAGCAGCAAGGUGGCAUUGAGGACAAAGAGGCUGAGGAACCUUUUAGGAACCCAUGACCUCAGCUCAGAGGAGCUGGACAAUCUACGGGUUCAUUUUGCCCGAAUAUGCGCAGACGGGGAGAACGCGACGCUGGCGGAGUUCGAGCAGGUCCUGAAGGCGAUGAAGAUGGACCCGCUGAUCCCUCUGGCCCCGCGCGUGUUCGACCUCUUCGACAACAACCGCGACGGCACCGUGGACAUGAGGGAGAUCCUCUGCGGGUUCUCCAGCCUCAGGAACUCCCGAGGCGACGACGCCCUCCGGCUCUGCUUCCAGAUGUAUGACACCGAUCGGUCAGGCUGCAUCAGCAAGGAAGAGCUGGCGUCAAUGCUGCGAGCACUGCCGGAGGACUGCCUCCCGGGGGACAUCACGGAGCCGGGGAAGCUGGACGAGAUGUUCGACGAGAUGGACGCCAACAGCGACGGCAAGGUGACCUUCGACGAGUUCAAGGCGGCGAUGCAGAAGGACAGCUCCCUCCAGGACGUCGUCCUCUCCUCCCUGCGGCCGGCGCCGUAGAUCAUCGGGGAUUCGUCUUUCUUUUUGUUCUUCUUGGAGAAACAGAACACUUUUUGACGCCGUGCUAUUCUGUCUGAACUUUUGUGUCCCUCCCGGGCGGCUGUGUUGGUUGGUUAGGAAACGCGCUCAGACUUGGUCCUCA